GCCCUGGGCGCGAAUCUACUGCAGAUAGAAGAACUCCUCCCAGUCCUCUGCUUUCUAUACCUCUAAAGAGAAAGAAGGAAAUUCAGAAGUCUGUAGUCCUCAACGAUACUCUGCUUCACAAUCACUCAACCCAAUGACACGCCGAAAAUAAAACAAUUGAGAAUCAAUGGCAUUCCAAAUACAAUUUUCUCUUCCUGUUCAAAUUCCUUUACAAAUUCCUGUUCAAGUUGAGCCAAGGAAAACAAAUGCAUUAAUACAAUGCAUUAUUGAUAACAAGCCGAAGAGAUUGAAGAAACUAAUAAAAGGAAACAAUAUUAAUGGACUGUACUCUUCUGCAAGCUGGAAUGAUGAUGUUACCCUGCUGACAGCAGCAGCUAUAUGUGGGAAUGAAGAGAUUUGUAACUUUCUACUGGGUGAAAAGGCAGAUCCCAACAUACUAUCCACAAAUUGCCUAACAUGUCUGCACUAUGCUGCAAAAACACCAGGAGUUCCACUGAAUAUUGUGAGAAGAUUAAUAGCUGCAAAAGCUAAUCCAGAUGGUCAUCAACAACAACCAUUUACACCAUUACAGUUUGCUGCCAGUAAUGACAGACUGGACAUGCUCAACGCACUUAUAGAAGCUGGUGCUGUCCCUGAAAGAAAUUAUGGGGUAAAUGCGGAUUUUGAUAAAAAAGUAGAGAGUCUUAUUAAUAAAUUACCAUCAGGAAAUGAAGUUGUAGGAAAGUGCAGAAUGUUUUUCAAUUUUAGUACUGCGGUUCCCAAAAAAACUCAGGAAGAAGUUUUUAACGUCUGGCGGGAACAUUUUCUUGAGGAACAUCCCUUUACCCAUCUGACACUUUUUGAAAUAUAUUUUAAUGUUGUGGGCAGAUUAGCAGAACAAUAUCGACAAAGUAGCAUAAAGUGGUUGAAAGACUCCAAGAAAACAGACAUCUACAUCAAUGGAUUUAUCGAGCGCUUUCCUAGAAUUCCUCAUGAACAUAGGAUACGGGCACUGAACAGCUUACAUGCUGUAAUUUGCAUGAUGAGAGAAAUAGCCCCUGAAAUAUUUAAUGCAAUCGUACCCAUUCUGAUCAAAUGUUUACUGCCAACUAGUACAGUGGAGGGAAAUUUGUUCAACCCCCCAAUACUGAGUAUUCUUUGUGUAACUAUGGACAAGUCCUCAAAGCAGAAAUCUACUACUAAAGGUUUUAACUCUGUUAUUCUUGAAGAGUUAUGCAGUGCACUUGUGCCUCUCACCGGUCCUACCAUCUCAACCGAUGUCCGCAUUCAUACUUACAGUUUGUUUGCUGCUCUAUAUGAGUUUGUCCCAGAGCACAUUCAUUCAUGUGGAUUAACCUCAGUGCCUGAUAGGGUUCUUUUUGCUGUAGAUAUUGACACAGAUGAUGCAAUUAAAGAGAAACUGCGACAGCUGGACACAGAUCUCCGAUUUCCCCAAAGCUCAAGGACUGUAGAUAGCAUAGGUGAUGCAGCAGACAGCGUGACAUCAAAGAAGAAGAAAAAGAAGAAGAAAAAGAAGAAUAAAGACAAUCAGCAAGAGACAAGCUCCAACGAAGAUGCUGUACAAGAAUCAAAACUUAACUCAGAUACUGCAAAGACUUCAGUUCAGGAGUCUGAUUCCACAGUGCAUCCGUUUGCACACACGGAGGAUUUACCACUGCCAAGAAAAUGGCUUUCAAUCAGCCAACGCUGGAAGCCCAAGCUAGAGAAACUUGCUAGAAUUGAAGCAAGUAAGGUUUAUCGCCUGGGGAAUCUCACAAUUAGCGAUAGCGCUGAGUUUGAGAUAGCUAAAGGAAGUGAUGGAACACGUGUUUUUCUUGGCUUGAGAGAUGAUGGCACUGAGGUAGCUGUCAAACGAAUGCUUAAGUCCAAUUAUCAAGACCUCAAAAAUGAAGAGGAAUUUCUACGGCUUCCUGCGCUUGACAAUCCUUGUAUUGUGCGAUAUGUGGACUUUGCAGAGGAUGACAAAUUUGGAUAUCUUGCCCUUCAACUUUGUGAAUACACACUGGAGGAAUACAUCCAAAACCAUUUGCCAGAAGACAGCUCUCAGCAGCUACAGGUCCUGAAGAAAAUUGUAAAAGAAGUGCUCUGCAGCCUAAACGUUCUUCACAGCCAAGAUACCAAAGUGCUUCAUCGAGACAUCAAACCUCAAAAUGUUCUGAUUGAUAUAAUGGGAAAGGCAAGAUUAGCUGAUUUUGGCAUAAGUCGAAGACUGAAAUUGGGGGAGACGACUUGCCGCACCAAUGCUGCUGGAACAAAAUGCUGGAAAGCCAGCGAAACUGUUGAAGAGGACAGUAACAGUGGAUACAAGAGGAGUUCUGACAUUCAGGUUGCGGGAAUGUUAGCGUAUUACAUCCUCUCCUGUGGACAUCAUCCGUUUGGCAAAGGUGUCCGAUGUGAGGCUAAUAUUCUUGAUGGGAAGUACUCUUUAGAACACCUGGAGGAUGAAAUGGCAAAGGACCUAGUGGAGCAGAUGAUCAGUCAUGAGCCAAAGGACAGACCUAAUGUAGAGGAAACUCUUUGCCACCCAUUCUUUUGGACAGAUGUAUGGAAAGUGGAGUACUUAAAAAGGCUGGGGAAUGAAAGGGAUGUAGAGAACUGCCGCAACGCUGACCCAGACCUCCUUUCUGCCUUAGAGGAUGUUGCAGCAGGGAAAAGCUUCUCAGACUGGAAAACAAAACUGCCCUCUGAGCUUGUUCAAAAAGUGGAUGGUAAGAAAAAGGCCUACCCGGAGAACACACUCGGCCUGCUGCGCUUCAUACGGAAUCUGCAUGAGCAUUACGCUGAAGAUGCAGAGACGUUAAAUUUGAUGACGUUAUUUCCUGAUCUUUUUGGAAAUGUUUUCAAGUUUGCCAAAAAGAGAGGAUGGAACACCAAACCAAGUCUGAGAAAAUGGCUUCGCUCAAUACCAGUGAUUUAACAGGACAUAACUGGAUAGCAUGUUCUAAAAAUUCAAACUUGUAAUGAGUUUAUGUGACACCAGCUUUAUGAGAGAAUAUUCCAUGUUUAAAAUGACGAGGUAUGAUGUUUCCUCUGGAGUGAAAAAUGUGUCAGUGCAUAAAGUGCACUCAGAUCUGUUCUAAAUAAGCACUAUAUCAUCAUGGUAUAAUUUACACUGGGGACAUGACUGCUUUUAAAAUGCCCAAUUAGGCCUCCACUUUUUAAAAGUUAAAUUGUUUAUAUAAUCGUUCAUAGAAGAAGGCAUUCCAAACAAAUGUCCCUAAAGCCUCAUUUUUACAGUGUAGGUUUCUCAGGGAAAUGUGUGUAAUAUUUGUGUGUGUCAUAUAUGUCAAGUCUGAACAGCUACAACUGCACACGGGUUGACGGAGAGUAUAGCAGAUUAUUGCUCUUAUCCCAAUCCCAAUGUUUGUGAAUGUUUGAUCACAUUAAUGCAUUGUUCAUUCAUUUAUUGGAAUCUACAGUCAUGAUACUGUCCUAUGAGAAUAUAAAGUAUGGUUUUAUAUACCCUGUAACUGUGAUUGCACCCUGUUUAAUCAGCUGGCACCAUAGCACACUCUUUUAAAUGACCUUCUUUUAACCUCUGAUGGGCUUCCAGUGAAAACGGUAUGGGGAUGCACUCAUUGCCAAGAGUGUAUGCAAAAUCCUCUGGAUAUAGAAAUGAUCUGGAGAUGGAUUUCUCUAUCCAGAUUUUACAACCAGACUUUGGCUAUAUGACAUUCACAGAAUUUGAUUUUAAAGCACUCCUUACUGUUACCGCUUUUACUUUGCCGUGUAGUUGUUGCUGUUUCAGUAGAUCCAUGAGCUGCUGUUUUAAACAGUCCAGCCAAAUGGUGUCAAAUGUAAAAAAUAAUAAUAAUAAUAAAAAAUAUAUACAUACACACACACACAUCACAAAUCAGUAGUUGGUACGGUGGUGAUGUUUAAUUAUAGUUUUUGAGACUUGGUGAGCCCAAGGUCCUAUCAACCUAUCAUCCUAUCAACCGAUGCAGUUUUCUAACCUUAAGCCUUAGAGAAAAGUGACUAUUCAUCAAACAUUCUGUAAUCUCUGAUCUUUCCCAUGUUGAUAGAACACUAAUGAUCUUUUCAAUGCUCCUUUUAACAUGCCCUCACAAACUCUGAAGUGCUUAACACCCGUGACACAUAAGUGAGCUCUUGCCAAACAAGGAGAAGAUUUUAAAAUAAGAAUACGUUUGUACUCAGUGAAGAGUGGGUUUUUUUCCGUACAAAGUCAUGUUGUGAAUUCACUUUUUUAUUCACUCAGAGCUAGAAAUGAACUUGGGUGACAUCGCAAUGAUUUCUGGGCAAGUUCAGUUGCUGAAGUCUAAAGUUGUGUUGGUUAGAUCCCUUACCCUCUCCAAGAGGUCAUUAACAGAGCAACUCAAACAGGGCAUGUUUCUUUUUGUUUGUUUGUUUUGUUUUUUUUAAAGAAGGGGGGAAAGCAUGAAUAGAUUUAUCCUGUGUCAUAUUUAUACCAUUGUGAAACAGAAAGUCAUGGAUGAUUAUUUCCUAAAGAUCUAACUGAAAAAUAAAUGGUAAAAUAUGGGAAUUUACCUCAAUUAGAAUUUGUUUACAAAUAUUCCUAGGGGUGACAUUAAUUGUGACACAUGUUUUGUAAAAUGUCUAUUUGGUAAAGUUUAGUAUCAUUUUAUUUGAAUUGAAAAGUUUUGUUGUAAAAUUCAAAAUCAUUAAAUGCAUUGGCUACCUGAAAGUCUUUUAUUCAA